GUAGCGGAAGAAGAAGAUAAAUGCGUUUUUUUUGCAAAGCAGCAAGCAAACAAAAUUGAGAUUGUUGUUGCGCCAACAUGUCGUUUCACUUAAGCACUAAGGAGCGCUUGCUUCUGCUAAUUGACGACAUUGAAAUGAUCUCAAAGGAACUGAUCGAGCACGCGCACCAGAAAAGCUCUAAUAACGACCUCGCGGAUUUGCUGGACCUGCUCGUUGCCAAAGAUGAGGAGUUCAGGAAAAUGUUGGAACUGGCAGAAGAGCAAGCCAAAGUUGAGGAAGCAAUGGAUAAGCUGCGUGCUAAAGUUGAGAUUCACGAUCGGGAAAUUCAAAAGCUACAGAAAUCUCUGAAAGAUGCGGAACUCAUUCUUUCCACGGCAAUAUUUCAGGCACGUCAAAAAUUGGCAAGCAUUAAUCAGGCCAAUAAGCGACCAGUCUCUUCAGAAGAACUUAUAAAAUAUGCCCACCGCAUUAGUUCGGCAAAUGCCGUUAGUGCUCCCCUGACCUGGUGCAUUGGCGACCUUAGACGACCAUACCCCACAGACAUUGAAAUGCGUAAUGGACUUUUGGGCAAAUCGGAGCAGAAUAUCAAUGGCGGAGUUGUGACACAUCAGAAUAGUGCUAUCCAAUCGGAUGCCCAGCGAAAUUUAAGCGGACCAAGCAGUGCCGGCGGCGGAGAAGUGCCAAAUGCAUUCCAAAAUCAAUUCAGCUGGAAUCUGGGUGAACUGCACAUGAUGGGUGCAUCUGGGAACUCCGUGGCCUUGGAAACACGUGCACACAAAGAAUCUUCAGCACAAGAUGAUGUCGAAGUCAUGUCCACAGACAGCUCUAGUUCAAGCUCGAGUGAUUCGCAGUAGACUUUCUUAAAUGGGCAACAUAGAGCAUAAGCCAAUAGAUAUACAGUCCAGCCAGUAAGAGAAUUAUAUAUAUUAUUAAAUU